AUGGUGCUGCACAGAGCGUAUAGUGAUACAGAGAACCAACCAGGACCUAGUAUGUGCCUGACAACAUGGCUUGUAAAUUCCUGGAUCAAGUUUCAGAAGGAACAUCCUGAAGCAUUCCUGGGGGAUGUGGAUUAUUGGCUGGAGAUAUCCGCAUUCCAGAAAGGAGUAAGUUCAAAGACUUGCAUUUUCCCUGUUGGAGGCAAAGUGCUAAUUACAGGGGAAGAAUAUAACUCACUAUCUGAUAAAAAUUUCCCAGAACCUAAUGGUUCCAGUGAAAAGGACAAUACCCAGGCUUUUGUUAUCCCUCCAAAGGAAUUUCCAGUUUAUCUGUGGCAGCCGUUCCUUAGACAUAAUUAUUACUGUUUUCCAGAUUCAGAAGCUCAGAAGCAAUUCAGCACCAUGCUGAACGAUUGCAUCAGGCAUUUAAACCAUGGAAAGACCGAAGCGGUGAUCAGAAACUUCAGCCCACACUAUAAGCGCCAAUAUGCUGUGUCCUUUUGCAAACAGAUCCAGAAUGAGCUGGAACAAAAUAGAGAUCUGCAGUCUCAAUUCUUAAAAACAAAGCCACCUGGAUCAUCCAGCAUGGUCCUUUAUGAAGGAGAGGUGUCACAUUUUGCUGAAGACCUGAAGAAAUGGAAAGAGAGAUACAUAGUAAUUAAAAAUAAUUACGCCGUGGAAAGCUUUGAAAGCAAAGAGGCAUUCCAGAAAGGAAUAAGUUCAAAGACUUGUAUUUUUCCUGUUGGAGGGAAAGUGCUAAUUACAGGGGAAGAAUAUAACUCACUAUCUGAUAAACAUUUCCCAGAACCUAAUGGUUCCAGUGAAAAGGAGAAUACCCAGGCCUUUGUUGUCCCUCCAAAAGAAUUUCCAGUCUACCUGUGGCAGCCGUUCCUUAAACAUAGUUAUUACUGUUUUCCGGAUUCAGAAGCUCAGAAGCAAUUCAGCACCAUGCUGAACGAUUGCAUCAGGCACUUAAACCAUGAUCCUUUCAAACAGCCUUCCUUUGAAGAUCAAGCAUUUUUAGAAGCUGUCCAGUUUUUCCGUCAGGAGAAAGGCCAUUACGGGAUGUCAGAAAUGAUUAUAGGAAAUGAAAAUCAGAUUCUUAGCAACCUUGUGAUGGAGGAACUCCUAUCUAGCCUUCAGAGCAUGGUGCUCCCUAAAAUGAAAGGGAAGAGAAAUGACCGAAAGCGGGCAUGGUUUGGCAUUCUAGAAGAAACAUACCAUUUGGUACAUGAUCAGGUGUCAGAUGGUUUACGUGCUCUGAAAGAAGAAUGCAAAGAGGUCACCCUAGGACUAGAGGGAACUAUCCGUUCAAAUACAGACCAGAUUGUGACUUCGAAAGACUUUCUGGCUGCAAAAAUAAAAGGGAGCAUAGCGGAACCUAUCCAGAUCUGCUGCAGUGAAAGUAUUCAGCCCUUUUUAGCUUCUGUACUAGAGGAACUCAUGGGACCAGUGAGCUCUGGAUUCACCGAGGUCUGUCUGCUGUUUGAAAAGGAAGUCAACGCAAUCAGUCAAACCUUUCAAGCAACAAAUGAUGUUGCAACACUAAAUGAGAAUGUGAAUCACCUGAUGAACCUGCCACACAACUCUGUCAAAAUGGAGCCUUGCUAUCUAAAAGUCAAUUUUCUUCAAGAGCAACUCCAGGACCUCAAGACCCGCUUCAAAUUCCACAACGUUGACUUGGUUAUCCAGAGGACACAUAAUGUAAUGCAGGAGAUUCUGGAAAAUGCAGUAUAUACAUUUGAGCAGCUAUUGGGUUUAAAACACUCCAAAGACAUAACCAAAAUGGCAACACCUAUUGAAAAAGUCAAACUUCGUGUUCUUAAGCAAUAUGAUUAUGACAGCAGUACUAUCCGGAAGAGGAUAUUUCAGGAAAUCUUGGUCCAGAUCACUCUGCCCACACUGCAGCGGACAUUGGCUUCAACUUGUAAACCGAUGCUUCAGGAGUAUGAACAGUACAUCUUUGCUGAAUAUAACAGUGUGAUUCAAGUUGAAAAUGUCUACGAAGAGAUUCUGUUUCAGACAUUGCUUGAUGAAUCCCUGAAAGUCAUAAAAGAAGCAGUCCAUCUGAAGAAACAUAACCUUUAUGAAGAAAUAAACCUGCCUUCUGAAAGCGUAUCCAGUUUGAGUGAUCUAAAAACUCCUGUAGAAUCAACACAGGCUAGCCCAGCUAGAGUGCCGGACCCCAAUUUGAUGGACGAAUCAGAUGCUGGCCUUGGAAGUAAUGAGGUUUUCUUAACAGAAAAACUCCAUCAAGAAGAGGAAUGUGAUGAGACAAAAGAAGAGGGGACAAUAAUGUCAGAUCUCGGUGGCAGUGAAUCUUGUCCAAAAAUACUUACUAUUGUACAGGGAGCCCUUCCAAUCACAAAUGUCAGUGAAAUCACAAUAAAACAAAACAAAGGAACAGCAGAAGCGGAAGAACAUCCAGUUCACAAUGGUGUGAAUGAAAUUAGAAAUUUGUUGACCUUGACUGUUGAACUGAAAGAAUAUGAACAGUCUGCGAACAAAGAACAAGAUUUACAGGAGUGUGGAAUGUCAAGCCCAAAGGAAGAAGCAGAAGAAAAGAGUAAAGAGGACUAUCAGACAGGUGAUCUGCAGAAGCCCCUUUUCCCCACUGUAAAAGCAGAUGAUACAAAUAUUGUAAGUAGAUCUGGGGAAACAAGCACCAUAAUUCAUCAGGAUGCUUCUCAGAAGUCUGAAGAACAGAGUCCCAGUGAUAUCUCAAGGGAAGAGUUAAACAUAGAGCCAAACACAGUGCAUUCAAAUGAAAAGAAUGAUGGUAUCUAUGACCAGUCUCAAACAGAGCCAUCUCCUGAAAGCAGACAAUCUGACCAGAAUAAAAUAGGCCCUUCACCUGACAACGUUGUGUCUGAAGAACAGAAGUCACAAACAGAGCAGGCUGAAGGUGAACAACCUGACCAGAUAAGAGAAGGAUAUUCUUCUUUCCAUUCGUUUCCAAAGGAAGAUGAUUCCCAAAUGGGACAAUGUAUUAAAGCAGAUUCUCAGGAAGCAGAAUUGUCCCUUCUGCAAUCUGUCCCGAGGGAAGCAGAGAUAUCAUCCUUGAGCUGUUCUGUUGAAACUCAAGAAAGCAUGUUGAAUACAGAAUCUGUAAGCACCGAAUCACCCUCUCUGCUAGUUUCCUUAGAAGUAGUAGAAACUGAGGCUAGCAAUGUGGUGAGCAUGGACUCCGAAAAUGUCACUUUUGAUCAAGGGGGUGAUUUUGAACAAGCAGGUGAGUCCUCGGUGGACACGGAUGCGGCAGAUAUUUAAAGUGAUGAAAGCUGAGAAAAUACUGAGGGCGACUGUUCUGAUUCACCAUUUACAAAAUAGAAUUUUCUAAACUUAAAGUCUGAGCCCAAGUUAUGAUUACUCUCCUUAAAACUAGAAUGGAGAGAUUUAUUCAAAUUCACACCCUACUUGAGAGCCAUCUUUUCAUCUGAACCUGUGGCUUUCUGAAAAUCUGUAUUGUUUGAAUAAUACUCUUCUGCCAAUUGCUGCUUCUUGUCAUUUACUCAUUUAGAAGUGAAUCAUGAAAGAAUCAUCACUCAAGUGGUGAAGAAUUUUGCAAACUGCUAGUUGUAACUUGACAGAAUGUUUAGCCUUUCCUAUUUUUUGAAAGCACAGUUCAGUGGAAAUAUUGAUUGCCCCUGUUGACAAUGAACCGUCUAUUUGUGGAUGAGAUUUCAGUGACUCUCAGUAGAAUUUGGAAGGAAGUGCUAAAAUCAGGCGUUG